AGGGUCGGGUUGCAUCCGCAAACUAAUGCGUAAGACCCGUAAUUUGAUUACGUGACACGCGUUCCUCGGCAAGACCGCAUACUUUCCCGAGCAUAAAAGGCAGGCAGGUUCCACCCCACCCCCCCUCGUCGCAUAUCCUGCCUCCAACUGAAUCGGAGAGCCAUCAUGCGUGCCUACGUAUCCGCUCCUUCCUUGCGCGCCAGCCUGCCCCUAUUCGUGUCUGUAGCGGCGACUUUCUUCAUGUUCAAGGCGUUUGCUGGUUCGUUUCAUCAGUCAAUGCCGCAGUGGAUCUCAACAACACACCCUCCCAGCGACAGCAUUACGUCUGAAAACCGGGAAUGUCAGUGGCUGCCUGCGAAUCUCCAUGAAUCUGCCAAAAGUCUGCAGCCUUUACUUCAUCCGGAAUUUCCGCUUCUAGAGGCCUGGCUGAGACCAGAUGCAGCACGUUACGGGCCCGCGCCAAAGGAGAUCCCCGCUGUUCUUCGCAACCAAUUCACCCUUGAUAGGAGGAUACCAGAGUCUGAGUUUUUCUUCGACCAGGCGUAUUUGGGCGGAUCCGCACUCGUAUCGGAAUGGACCGAACAAAUGAUCGAUGAGUACAGGCGAGAAGUUAGGGAAAGAAAACCAAAGUUCAACUAUGUUAUGGAACACGUGUACGCAGCAAUGGACGCACAAAGCCAUUUGAUUCGAGGGAAACGAGGUCUAGUGAUCGGGUCCGAGAACCCGUGGCUUGAAGCACUCCUGCUUGAGUAUGGAGCCCGCCACAUCAGCACGCUGGAGUUCGGCGAAAUCAAAACGGAUCAUCCCAAUAUCGACACUUUUACACCGAAAGAAUUCGUCUCCGGAAUAUUGAAGGAAACCAUCCCGAAAUACGAUUUCGUCUUCACCUAUUCGUCUCUAGAACACGAUGGUUUAGGCCGAUAUGGGGACAUUCUCAAUCCUAUUGGGGAUUUACAAACGAUGGCCAGGAUGCUGACUGUGGUCGUGCCAGGCGGGUUCGCAUUCGUCGGAUUCCCAUGCUGCCACGACAAAUUGGAGUGGAAUGCACAUCGGAUCUACGGUCCCCUUCGCCUGCCGAAGAUGUUCGCUGGUUGGCGAGUCGCGGGAAUUUAUCCAGAAGAUGCUCUGCAGGUCACGGACCAGGGAUAUGGCUUUCAACCGGUCUUCCUGCUGCAAAAUACAUUUGGCUGUGUAAAUGGUGGUAUUUCCCUGCCCCACCAACCCUGGUUGACUUUUGCUCCACCCAAGGGACUACACAUUUGACCGUUGUCAGCAAGACCAGAAAACCGUAUAUCGGGCGAAUAUCCACUUUCUCCUCCAUGCCUCGGCAAACGAGUCGGCGCUUGUCAAGAGGACAUCCUUUUAUUGGGGUGCAUUGGCAUAUAGUCUAUAUACAUUUGCGAUGCCAAAC